GUUCUAUGCAAAACCAAGGAUUGUCACUGUACUGAAAUACAUGUGACAAUAAAAUAUCAUUGAAUGGUCAUUGAAUCUCGUCUGCUCCCCUCCUUCCAGGGAGAUGAAGAGGAAGGGGCUGUCGAGCGUGCGUCGCUUGGCCCGUUUCCACCAGGAGAUUCUCCUCACGAGGCUCCACACCGUAGCCCUGGCAGUGAUGGAGGAGGUUAACAACUUGCGCUCCAAGGUUGCCCGCUCUGCCAUCCUGACCCUUGGAGAGCUCUUCUCGCAGCUGAGGAGGAGCAUGGAUCAGGAGGUGGAGGAGGUGGCCAGGAUCCUGCUCCACAGGACCAGCGACUCCAACGAGUUCAUCCGAGCGGAGGCGGUCAAGGCGCUGUCCACCAUGACGCAGAGCGCCAGCCCGUCCCGGGUGCUGAGUGCUCUCAUCGCAGGCGGCUUGAAUCACCGUAACUCCACGGUUCGGAAGUGCGCGGCUGAGAACCUCGUGCUGGUGGUAGACCACGUGGGAGUGGACAGGCUGCUGUCCGGGAGGAGGGACCUCGUGGACCAGGUCGUGCAGUCCGCCGUUAAGUUCUCCCAGGACGGGAACCAGGAGACAAGGUUCUACGGGAAGAAGGUGCUGAACAUGUUGGUGUUCCACGAGGAGUUUGGGAGAUAUCAGGACCGCUCUCUCCUGUCUCAGGAUGUCCACUGUAUUAUCUCAGCCAUCAAACAGAGGGGCCUUCAAGAUGCUUCUUUGGAACUGCUCUCUCCAAAGGAUGGAAGGUCAAGGGUGAACAGCUCGUCAAAUGCUCAGGAGGAUGUACUUACCACAGGAAGGGCAGAGCAGGACAGCCCACGGCAGCCGAGGCUGGUGCCCCAGCAGCCCAGCGUACGGAGCGCAGAGGCGGUGGAGCAGGUGAAGCAGCUGAACAAGAUGCUGACAGCUAAGGAGUUCCAGGAGAGGAUGCGUGGCAUUACCCAGCUGCUGCAGCUGUGUGACGGCAACCCAAGGUUGCUCACCUCCAAUAUAGUGGACAUCUUUGAUGCCUUCAUGCCGAGACUCCAGGAUUCCAAUAAGAAGGUGAACCAGUUUGCACUGCAGUCCUUGGCAGCCAUCAUCCCGGUGCUGAGGGAGGACUUACACCGAGUGCUGCACUCGAUGGUCAUUAUAGUCACCGAUAACCUCAACUCCAAGAACAUGGGCAUUUACACCGCGGCCACACGUGUCCUUGAUACGCUGAUCGAACAUACAGACAACCUGCUACUGCUCCAACCCUUUGCCAGCCGAGUGCAGUUCAUCAGUGGCCGGGCGAGGCAGGACAUCACGGAGCGACUUGCAGUGCUGGUGCUGUCUGUGUACCGCCGGAAGCCCCAGGCCGUGGAGCGGCACGUUCUGCCCGUGCUCUGGUACCUGCUGGGCAACAUGACUGGCAACGGCGUGAUCAGAGGUGGCAGCGGCAACUUGCGGGCGGCCACUGCCAGGCUGGCCAAAGCUCUGCAUCAGGAGAUGGGCACGGGACUCCAGGAGUACGCACAGAGCCAGCCCGCCCACGUCACCAAAACACUCCGCCACUUCACCGAGAAGGAACUUUAAUCCUUGCACGACAACUCGUCUCCGGUUUACACAUUCACCAGCAAGGAGCAGUCGGAGAAAGUGAAGCCAUCAUUCGAAAACAUUGCCUUUCCCCUGAGCACUGGUUUUUGCAAAAGCAUAUUCUGCCCCGACAAUGCUUCACCAUCCACCUCCCCUCCUCCCCUCUCCUCCCCUCCCCUCCACUUCCCAUCCCAUCCCAUCCCACCCAACCCU